AUGGCCAAGAUACUUAACAUUCAACUAACCAUAAAGGUCUUUAGUCAUGGCAACACCAAGCCCCAGGAGCUCAUACUUGCUCAUGCCGAUGAAGGCGCUCUACAAGAUAUCUCCAUCUCCAACGCUCUAUCGACUGAUGUUGAGAAGGCAAAGAAAGGCUAUUUCAUGAGCCUCCGGCUGAUUGGGGCCAUCUGCUCACUGGGGACUGCGGUGGCCGUCAGCUAUUGGGGGUUUGCUCCCCCAGCAGCGGUCUUGACAGUCAUCAACGAAGAUAUUGGUCAGAGCGCAACAGGCCCCCUCUUAAACGAGAUCAUACUCUAA